AUCGUUGAUGACGUUGCAGCAGGAAAACAAACAUGGCGUCCGGGCAGCAAUGGGUGUUGGUGGAAAUGGUUCAAGCGUUUUGUGAGGUAAGUUUCUCUUCUUAUCGUCUCUGUGUGGUAUUUUCACCUUCAGUCGUACCCAAACAGACUCUUGUCGUGUUCAGCUCCACUGUGGCGUUAAUAUAUUACAAGAAAUGGUGUUAAAUUCAAACUUCUCAAUCCGGAAGUAACAUCCGUGUCCUGAGGAGGAGGCUGUCUCCCCCAGCUCUGACUGAGGAGGAAAAGUAACCUUACCACGAUAGAGGGUUUGUAAAGACAGUAACUUCAUCUGAGGAUCAUAAUAGAAGGACAGAAUGUGCAAUAGAGCUGAAAAGUCCAGAACACUGUGAAGUUUGAAGUGUUUGUGCUCUGAAAUAUCACAGGGUUUCAUAACUUGUGUGGACAGUGAUGAGUUUAAGUCCCAUCAGGUAAAAACAGGGGCACGUCCAGAACAGAAGCCAGAGGUGACAUGGCCCCUUUCUAUCUGAUUAGCCUCCUUAAAAUACAUGAAAACUGUAAAACAAAACGUUAGGCACUAAAGAGGCGUUUUAUACUCAUCUUAACCUUUUGUCAUUUUCAACCUCUGUCUGCAACACAGUGUUUGGCGGCUUUCUAGGGAUAUAAUGUUAAUACACAGUUUGUCUGUGCUACUGUUUACACAGCUUUGUUGUUACUAAAUGACCCAAAAGUUAUGCCUCCAUAUAAAACGUUCCUGUAUCUACUGUUGCGUCUCUGAGCUUUGUGAAAGUUUCUAGUAUAGAUGAACAGUUCCAGGAUUCAGUAACAGCUGGGGCUCAAAUCCAGUUCUCACUGGUCUUUGUUUACAAAGGAGUCAUCAGUUAAGUGACAAGCACAAACAGCUACACUGUGGCUGUUGUUGUCCUUAAGACAUCCACUUUUCUCAGAGGCCUUGUCCUCUGGAAGAGAAAGUAGCUGAGACUUUCCCUGACAACCAAGAAAACACUUGAAGAAACUUUCAGAGACAAACUGAACCAACAAAGAGCAGAGUGGGGGAAGUGAAAUUUAAAAGAGCUGCCAGAUGGACUUGUUCAAAGCCAAGAGUCUGAAGUGAGAGGGAACUUUUCAGUGAAUUUCGAGACCUGUGAUCAUGAUUUAGUAUUUUAAAUGGACAGCUCUCCUGCAUGAUAUUGUAACCUAAUUAUCCUCCUGCCUGUUGCCUUCCUCAGGCUCCUGCGUACCAUCUGAUCCUGGAGGGAAUCCUCAUCCUCUGGAUCAUCAGACUGCUCUUCUCCAAGACCUACAAACUCCAUGAGACCUACAGGCUUACAGAGAAGGUAUACACAGCCCCACAGAGUUAAUCACUAUCAGACACAACAGUGUGUAAGUGUGUUUUUCUCACGAGGAAGCUGUAUGUUUUCUGCUUCCAGGAGAAAGAGGACCUGAUUGAGGAGUGGCAGCCAGAGCCUCUGGUUCCUCCUGUUUCUAAAGACCACCCCUCCCUCAACUAUGACGUGGUCACAGGGUAAAAACACUCAGAAAUACACCUUCACCGCCCUGUCCCCCUCUGCUUUACAUACAGCUGCUUUUAAAUGACGACCAAAAAACACUGAAUCACAACUGAAUCCAAAUGAAUCACUGUGUGCACCCAUGAUAUUUAUAUUGUGUGCACUUUACCAUUUACACACAAAAUAUUGACCUGUGAGCAUAUGAUAAAACAGUGUGGGCCCAAGGUAAUUCAACAAAUAUCGCUUUUUGGGACUUCACAGUGUCGUUCUUGAUUCUUGUGAUGUUUCCGAAGACCCAAUCAGUUUAGAGUAUUUUGUAUAAAACAUCGAUACAGUGAUUCAGAUCUGGUGAACUGUUUUAAAGUCAUGAAAUGCUGCAGGAAUAAACAUGUGAAAGAAUCCCACAUUUGAUCUGAAACUCUGUGUCCCCUCUGCAGACCUCCCAGCCAUAAUAUCAUCAUCAACGGGAAAGAGUGCAUAAACUUUGCGUCCUUUAAUUUCCUGGGUCUUCUGGACAACGAGCGAGUGAAGGUCAGUCAUUCCAGUUGAAGAUAUCUGUCUGUUUAAUUUCUCGCCCUGUUUAUGUGUGUCCACUUUAAGAAUAAAUCCUUGUCUUUCUUUCUCUCAGCAAAAAGCUCUGGCGUCCCUUAAGAAAUAUGGUGUGGGCACUUGUGGACCGAGAGGAUUCUACGGGACAUUUGGUGAAUAAAAGCAUUUUUCUGCUUUCUAAUUAAAUUAAAAUUCCUCCAUCUGAUAUCCAGAUGAAUUGAAGAGUCUUUAAACCACAGAAGCUGGAGACCAGAUGUUUCUAAAGACGCUCAGUCUAGAGUUUGAGUAAGAGGAGUGAGACUUGAGUACAGCUGACACGAGGCUGACUGUAACCACAUCCAUCCCUGCAUGUUCAAGGAUGGAUGUGCAGAUGUCUUUACUCUCCUCGGCCUAUAGAUAAUUCUCCUUCAGCUCCAGAUGAUGUUAUUCAGCCUGUUGUGUGUCACCUUUUCGGUUCAGUUUGGUGGGAGUUUCAGCCAUGAUAACUUAGAAGAUUUUUGCCUUUUCCUAUGCAAAGAAAGCCGACUGCAUUUGUAGAAGUAAAACUUGAAGCAGAAUGAGUCGCAUUUUGUCUGCAGAAAAACCAGUAAAAGUAAAGAAACCUCGAAAGGCAGAAUCAUAAAAAUGUCACUAACAGGUCUCAUUCUUAUGAAAAUCAUUGAUAUACAGCAACAACAUGGUAAAAUUGAAAUUAAAAUUACCCCACUGGGCUUGUUCUACAUCCCACAGCCACUUCUGACACAAUGUAAUAAAGAGGAAUUACUGAAGUGUUUAACAAACUUUGAAUUCUUGAGUCCUGAGUGACUUGAAGGUUUUGAAUACUUCCUCCUUUCCCCUCUGUCAGACGUUCACCUGGAGUUAGAGAGCCGUUUGUCCAAAUUCAUGAAAACAGAAGAGGCCAUCAUUUAUUCGUACGGCUUUGCAACCAUCGCCAGCGCCAUCCCAGCCUACUCCAAGAGAGGAGACAUCAUCUUUGUGUGAGUUCAGACUCUGCUAAGGUUUUUGGAGCUGCUUCAUAACCGAGCGCUGAAGGACACAUCUGUAAGCUGUUUAUGUUGUGUCUUCUGUUGCUUAGGGAUGAAGCCGCCUGUUUCGCCAUCCAGAAAGGUCUCCAGGCGUCUCGCAGCUUCAUCAAGUAUUUUAAACACAAUGACAUGGAGGACUUGGAGAGGCUGCUGAAAGAGCAGGAACAGGAGGACCAGAAGGUGAAGACACUGAAGUUUGUCAUGAACAUAUCCAAGAGUGUUUGAAGGGAAAAGUUUAUACGCUUUUCUUUUCUGUUUCAGAACCCCCGUAAAGCUCGAGUGACCAGAAAGUUCAUCGUUGUGGAGGGUUUAUACAUCAACACUGCAGAUAUCUGUCCUCUACCUGAACUGGUAAACAGAAAAACUAGCCUGCUAACUAACCUCUGGAUUAUUGCUGAUCCUAUUAUUGAUAUUAUUGAGGUCUAUUUUACUUUGGCUCUGUGCAUUGUUUUAUGAAAACUGGUAUAAAUUUUUCCUUUUGUUACCGUCACAGUUGGUCCAAGGUUGCUCUGUGUUAAGAAACUUUUUCUGCACCAGUGCUGUACAAAAUUAACCCACUUCAGGUGUCCAAGAGUUCAUUUUUGUUGCUAUUGUAUCAAAACGUGUUGAUUUCUUAUAUCAAAGUUCAACCUGCAGCAUCACAGCAGAAACACUGGAAAUGUGUUUCAUUAAUAAUCCAAAGCUGUGAUAUUUCUGAGUUUCUGUUUUCUGUUUGUCCUGCAGGUGAAGCUGAAGUAUAAAUACAAAGUGCGGAUCUUUCUGGAAGAGAGCAUGUCGUUCGGUGUUUUAGGAGAACACGGCCGAGGAGUCACUGAACACUUUGGGGUCAAUGUAAGAACAGCUAAAUCUCCAAAUCUCAGAUUUUGAAAUAUGUAGAGUAGUUUCUGUGUUGAUAUAAAUGUGAUCAUACUCACAUGAUGGGACUAUUUUUCCAGAUUGAUGACAUUGAUCUGAUCAGCGCCAAUAUGGAGAACGCUGUGGCCUCUAUCGGAGGAUUCUGCUGUGGACGCUCGUUUGUCAUUGACCACCAGGUAAGAAAAAAGGAGUGUAAUAGAAAUCAUUGAAAAGGGUUAGAUUUAUAAACCUGUUCAGCAGUUUUUCUGCACUUUCCCGCCUGCAGGUGUAGAUGCUGUGCUAGUUUAAGCCAGUUGUUCUUGACUUUUUAACGUGAAAACCCCCCAAAAAUAAAACUGUUUAAGUUUGUGAUGUACAAAAUCGCACAUGAAGACCUUUCUGCACAUUUCUCUUUACUCAUGUUCUUUCCUCUGCCUGUCCUGCCCCCUCUGCACUUUGUCAUUUUUAUCUGUGAAUAGAAAUGUCUUCCUAACACCUAACCCUCAGAAUCAAACUCUGUACAGCUGCAGCAAACAGCGAGGAGACUGAUUAGUAUGCAUGUUUCAUUUGUGUGACUUUUUCCCAUGCACACAUAGCAGUCGUGAUGUUCAAACAGUAUAACGUCAUUGUCUGAAUAUUACUCUUUAUAACAUCCACUGUGUCUCUCUUCCAGCGCCUGUCAGGUCAGGGUUACUGUUUCUCCGCCUCUCUGCCUCCCAUGCUAGCAGCUGCAGCCAUCGAGGCGCUCAGCAUCAUGGAGGAGGAUCCAGGUACAGAACAAGUCCUCACAGUGCUGUCUGGUUUUGUGCUUCUUUAAAAGUUCAUCCAAAGAAGAAACUGCUCUGUUGGCGCUCAUGCAUUUUGUCAUGCUUGUUUUACAGAUAUCUUCACUGUCCUGAGGGAAAAGUGCAAACAUGUUCACAAAGCUCUACAGGGGUAAGUCUGAUUGAGCAGUUUAAACAAAGGCAACCAAGACCUGAACGUCCAAGUCCUGCUGCAGAGAAACCAACACUUACUUAUCCGCUCACUUAGACACCACUCCCUCCAGACUGCUCACACUGUACUGGCAGCAGAACAGGGUUUGUGUGCAGCAUCCAGGCUCCAGUAUCAAACUUUGCAGAUUUAUUUGACGUGCAAAUUUUGAAUGGUGAUUAGACAAUACCAAUGAACGAGCAGAGGGAGGAACUUGAUAUUUAUGUAAUUUGAGUAUCAGCUGCAUAAGAACAUUUCUAACAGGCAGAUGAGAUGACACGGAUUGUGCCUGCAGUUUCACAAUAAGAGUCAGCAGAAUUUAUUAUGUCCAGAUUUGGCUCUGGUUGUUCAGCUGAUUUUGUUGUAACCUUUCGUUCGUUGGACAGGACUCCAGGUUUAAAGCUGGUCGGCGUCCCGUUGGCUCCAGCUCUGCACCUCCAGCUGGAGAAAAGUUCAGGAUCGAGAGACUCAGACAUGCAGCUGCUUCGUUCCAUCAUAGACUAUGUAAGACCUUCAUGAUAUGCUGCCAACAGAGAAAUUCAUAUAUCUAAAAUGUAAAGAUGAAGAUGAUUUUUAUUUGUAAUUUUGACAGGUCUUGUCACUUUUAAUUCAAGGCCAAAAUCACAGUUGUAAGUAGUCUUGAUUUUUUUUGAGUUUGUCAUGUCUGACAGUAGUUUUCUUUUUUUUUGUUUUGUAGUGUAUAGACAGAAACGUGGCUCUGACUCUGGCUCGUUAUCUGGAGAAAGAGGAGCGUUUCCUUCCCCAACCCAGGUGAGUGACUCCACCUCACUGUGCAGAUGAUAGAGUCUGAAAAUGAAACAUAUCCUGUUCUUAUAUGAGACUAUUUUCACACUGUGAAAAUAAUCCUCACCCUUCAGCCAAUCUGUCAGAGUGCAGAAAGAAGUUGGGUCUCAAACUUGUUGAUAAAAGAGAAGUUGAGGGUUUGCUGAUGAUUUAAAGCCUUUAUUAAGAAUAGAGCAAACACAACAUGUUAAAUGUUGAAAACAAGGCUGAGUCUCUCAGAAGGAAAGAUGGGGAGAGUUGGGUAAGAGACUGUGUGAGCUAAUAGUUCAAUAGUUUCAGAAUAAAGGAAUAUUCUUCUAUUCUAUUCUCUAUAAUGUUCCUGAGUGUCAGAUGUAAAAGAAUGAGGGGAUUUCAUCAUCUACAGAACAAAAUAUCAUCAAAAGAUUCAGAGACUCUGGAGAAAUCUCUGUACAAAAGAGACAAGGACCAAAACCAAGACUGGAUGGUGUUGAUCUGUGGGCCCUCAAGCAGCACUGCAUUGAAAACAGACAGGACUCUGUAGUGGAAAUCACUGCAUGGGCUCAGGAUCACUUUCAAAACCAUUGUCUGUGAACACAGUUCAUCACUGCAUCAACAAAUGAGGUUAAAACUGAAAGAAAGAGGAGACCAGAUGGUAACGUGAUCCUGAAACACCAGAGACUUCUCUGGACCUGAGGUGAACAGGAAAACUGUCCUGUGGUCUGGCUAAUAACAACUUGAUAUUCAGCAAAAUGAGGAUGUGAGGAUGUAUUUUUAUUUUGUUUGUAAAUGAAGAGUCAAUUUUUGUAUUUGAUGUAUCUUUUUUUGUGUGUCCUCAGUAUCAGGGUGGUGGUGACAGUGGAGCAAACGGACGAGGACAUUCAGAAAGCUGUUUCCUGUAUCAGAGAUGCGGCUUCAGCUCUCAUUAAGUGAUGAUGAUGAUGAUAAUGAUGUUACUGUAAGCAGAGAUAUCUGAGCUUCAGCAGGAGUCCCCACAGAAAAACAAGAGAGUCAGUAUCACUGUGAGGAGAACACUCUGAAGCUCUCAUUUACAGACUGAGCGCUAUCCCCUGAAUGUGUCACAGUGAUCUUGGCUGAUUUACACACACACUGUAUGACUUUUUUUUAUCUUUUGUUUAUUAAUUUUAUUUUCUAAUGCUCCUCUUUAUCAUGUGCCAUGGUCAUGCUACAUGUCUGCAAUGCUGUGUUUUUGUGAAUGUAAGUCUGUGUUCAGCAGUUACUAAAAACAGAAAAGCAGCAGACACUAAAUGAACCUCAGACCAAAUGACUCCAUGCUUUGACCAAACAGAAAAUUAAUUCUCUUAUUGUGUUUAAAUUAUCUUCAGAUUGUUCACACCUGAUUUGUUCCGGUGUUCAGAAGGGCUGUGAUUUGGAAUGAAACUGGAUUUUUUUUUUCUUGACAGUUGAUGUUAUUUUUUUUUACGCUCAAUUUACAUUUUUGACCACUUUACAUUCAUGAAAUGUAAAUAUAUCUAAUUUAAAUUAACAUAUGUGUAUUUGACUUUUUUAUGUAACCUUUUGAGGAUUACGAAGAACCAAAACCUGGUCCUUAUGAGGCCAAAAGUAAUCUUUAAGUUCUGUUAUGAUCAGGAGACUACAAGUGUAAAAACUGUAAAAAAAACAAAAACAAAACAAAAAAAA